UCACGGGAUCUCGUGAAUACGCGCACGCGUCUGUGUUGUUUUGUGCAAGUUCAGGCAAAGGCGCCGAGUAGAAGUCAGUGGAAUAUCAAAGCCCUUGCCUCACCUGGAUUUUUGAAAGUGCAGGCAGUCACUAUCUUAAAACUCCAUCACCAGUAAGCAUCCAUCAAACCUGUACGAAGCUUGGAUUGGUGCUUGACACUCGUCUGAGCAUCUGAGCAUCUUGCUGACACCCCACCCCGCACAUGAGCUAAGCGAGUUCGUCGCCUACCAUCUUCGCCCAGGUCGUUCUCAGGACUUUUACACACUGUAAGUCAUUCAGUCACAAUUUCCAGAUUCUAACAGCGACCAUCCUCACCUCCGAACACAUCUCGCACAUUUCAACUUGAACCAUUCAGAGAUAAUCCGCUAUUCACAAUGUCUUCAACUGCUUCGUCCGACUUCGCCCCCCUCACUGGUCACUGCAUCUGCAAAACAUUGACCUACACUGUCACCGUCGCUCCUCUGAUAACGCACUGCUGCCACUGCACUUACUGCCAGCAAGAAACCGGCUCAGCAUUUGCCCUCAACACCGUCAUUGAAACUUACAACUUCACCCUGACCUCCUCAACAUCGCCCCUGAUCGCCCAGCGCCCGUCUCCCAGCGCUCCAGAUGGUUCCCAACACUGGGUAGCGUACUGCCCAAACCCCAACUGUAACACCGACGUCUUCGCGUACUACGGCGCAAACAAAGCAACGAUCUAUCUAAAAGUUGGCACGCUGGAUGCGCAGAGUCGGAGCAGGGUUCGGCCUGACGUCCACAUUUUCACGAGCACGAAGGUGGAGUGGGUGGACCUGACACGCGAGGUAGAGCGAGGCGCGAAGGUCUUUGAGGGUUUCUACGACAAUAGGACUGUGUGGAGUGCGGAGAGUCUGAGACGGCUGGAGGCGCUGCGGGCGUGGAAAGUGCGACAGGAGGAAGCGGGCGGAUCGGCGUAGGGGUCUAGGCGAUGGUUGGGAGCGUGAUGAGU